AUGUUUGAGAAUUGUAGAGCGGAUUUGAAGCAGAAAUGGCGGCAAUAUCUAGCAGCUUCACUGGCGAGCUAUGGCAGUUUGUGUACGGGUAUGUCAAUGGGCUGGACGUCUCCUGUCUUCCCUCAGCUGCGUUCAGAGAACUCGCCUCUGCCCCGGGAACCUACGCUGGUGGAGGAGAAUUGGAUAGGGUCGUUGUUGGUGCUUGGCGGUUUACUAGGCCCUCUUAUAACCGUUCCGCUAUCAAACCGCGUGGGUAGACGAUGGAUCAUCAUGGGCUCCAACAUACCCCUGCUCCUAGGAUGGCUUCUGGCUGGAGUGGCGACAAGUCUUCCAACAUUAUACGCAGCAAGAGUCAUGUGGGGUUGUGCCACGGGCAUGCAAUUCGCGACCGUUCCACUUUAUAUUGGAGAAAUUGCUGAAGAUAAGAUUCGAGGAUCACUAAGCGCCCUUUUCCUCCUGUUUAUCAACGUGGGAUUUUUGCUAGCCUAUGCGAUUGGUCCUUUCUCCACUUAUUGGGGCCUGACUGCAGCUGGUGGUAUCUUGUCCCUAUUCUAUGUACCGUUCACGUGGUUCAUACCAGAGACGCCCUUCUUUUUGAUGUUUAAAGGAAAUGUAGCUGAAGCAACUGAGGUAUUACAAAAACUUCGUGGUCUACCUAAAGAAGCUGUUCAAGCUGAAGUAGACGGUCUCCGAGCUAUGAUCGCGAGGGAAUUCAAAACGGAACCAAGUGUUAAAGACUUGUGGGCUACGAGAGGAAAUCUAAAAGCUUUAGGUAUCUGCGUCUUCCUAGCAAUGUUACUACAACUAUCUGGUAUUGAUGUUCUCCUGUUCUACAUGGAAGAACUCCUCGUGAAGGUCGGCACUAGGAUCUCAGCAUCAGACGGCACUAUCAUCAUGGGUGUUGUACAGGUAGUUACAAGUUGCAUAACACCACUUGUCGUGGACAGACUUGGCAGGAAGCUGCUCAUGUGGACGACUUCACUUGGACUCACUAUAUUUUUGGGUAUCAUAGGCGUGUACGCGUUACUGGAUUCUCACUACAAAUACAACGUGGCCCCAUAUGCCUUCCUGCCGUUGUUAUGCCUCAUCGUAUAUAUGAUAUUGUUCACGUUAGGCGUGGGUCCUGUCCCAUGGAUCUUGGUGGCAGAGAUGUUCCCCGUCAGGACCAAGUGCCUCGCGAGUGGCAUAGCCUCGUUUUGCUGCUGGCUAGCUGGUUUCGUCUGGACACGAUUUUUCCGUGACGUAGCAGCUUCGUACGGGAUCUAUACAGCAUUUUGGAUAUUAGCUGUGUGCUGUGGUUUCGGCUUCAUCUUCUCCAUCAGCCCAUUGUUACCGGAGACGAAGGGGAAGACAUUUGAUGAAAUACAGGAGAUGUUAAACAAAGGAUCAAAAGAAAACAAACCAGUAGACGUCUAG